CUCGACUCGGCCCGCCUACCAUGUCAACCGCAAAGACAGCCAUGUAGGCUUUCUUGGUGGAGAAGCUCUUCACCUUCCCAACCCAAGAUUUUUGUUCUUUUUCCCUCUUCGUCCUCGGUGCCACUGCAAACUCACAAAGCGCACCGUUCAUUGCACCUCUCUCUCUCUCUCUCUCUCUCUCCCCACACUCUGUUUCUCUCUCUGCCGCAGUAAAUUUCUGGUGGUGGCUCUGCGCAUUCUAACGACCGAAAUCACAGCUUGACCCGUCGUGUGCAAAUUCGUGGUCAUUUUCUUUCUGGGAUUUUAAGGUUUCAUUCUCAUUUGACGAGAUUGUCUGCUGAUAUGAUAAGCAGGCGCAAAAACAAUUAAUUUGAUCAGAUUUGGGGUGGAAUUGUUCUUUUUGAAUAAAUGGUUAUCAAGUUCUGGUGCCUGGGAUGAAAGCUGCAUUUGGAGAAGUGCAUUGUUGUUGUGUAACUAAAGAUGGGAAGGGUUAAGUUAAAGAUAAAGAAAUUAGAGAGCAGUGGUAACCGGCAGGUUACGUUUUCAAAACGGAGAAAUGGAAUCUUGAAGAAAGCUAAGGAGUUAUCAAUCUUAUGUGAUGUAGAUAUUGUCCUUCUCAUGUUUUCCCCCACUGGAAGGCCUACGAUAUUCCAAGGGGACCGCAGUAAUUUUGAAGAGAUUGUUUCAAAGUUUGCGCGGUUAACUCCGCAGGAGAGGGCAAAGAGGAAAUUGGAGAGCCUGGAAGUGCUGAAAAAAACUUUUAAGAAGUUGGAUCAUGACGUUAACGUACAAGAUUUCAUGAGUUCAAGCUCUCAGACAGUUGAGGAUCUGACUCAUCAAGUAGCGGUAUUGCAAACCCAACUUACAGAACUCCAUAAGAGACUGAGCUUUUGGAGCGACCCAGAUAAGGUUGACAAUCUUGAACAGCUUAGGCAGAUGGAAGACAUGCUUAAGGAAUCAAUCAACCGAACCUGUCUACGCAAGGAAAAUUUGGGAAAACAUCAACUAACAUCACUAGAUUGCACAAACCAGUUUCAAAAUGGAAUGCUUUCGUCUUUAUUAGUUGGUGGUGGUAUGCAAGAAGCUCAACCUAUAACUUGGCUUUUCAAUAGCGACAAUCAACAUAUGAUAUUCCCGAAUGAGCCGAACUAUCUUCCACAUAGAGGUGUGGAGUGCUCUACAAAUGCCACUGUUCCACAUUAUACUAGUUACUUUGGCACUGGGACGAGCACUAGCCCUAGCAACAGCAAACAAUCUGAGGCCGGUGAUCCAGUACGACUAGAUACUAUGGGACAAAUUUCUAAUAUGGAAGGAGGCGGUGGCUUAAAUGAGUUUGACAUUAAUGCUUGUUUAAGUACGGAACCUGGUAAGCAUUACGCUUAUCCAUCAUAUUGUAGUUCUUACGUGCCAGACGAUCAGAAAUUGAACCAUGAAAUGGAAAAGAACGUACCAACAAAUCCGGUGGACUAUCAACUGAGUAGCAACUUUGAACUGCCAAGAUCUUUGUAUGAAACUGAUCAUCAUGCUUGGCUUUCUUCAUCUGGGCCUAGCGGCAUUGCUGUGUACAAGGAGAAUACCUACCAACCGCAACCAAACGUGAGAUUGUAGCUGACAAAAUAUUGGAAGGAUUUACGGGAGGCACAUACCGAGCAAAUGAUAUGAGUUGGAAAUCUUAAGAGUAAUCCAAGAUAUGUAUUGAUGCUAACAGGCUACUUGGGGGAUUAGACUAAAUCUGUAUAUAUAUUGUACAAGACAUAUAGAAUUAUAAUUCAUCUGUAUACUAACAUCGUUGGGUUCCUUAAUUCAGAGCAUCCACCACUUUUGUAAACUAUUACUCAUAGAAAAUGAAAGCAAACAUGAUGGAUUUCUCGAA